GUGUGUGUGUGUGUGUGUGUGUGUGUGUGUGUAGUUGAACUCUUCCUGGUUCAGUAGUUGCUGUAGUUGUCGUUGUCGUUGUUGUUGUCUUGUUGUUGUUGUUGUUGUUGUUGUUGUCGGAUCGUUGUAUUUCCGUUGGGAACAACCUGCUGAGUCAUGGUGCAGAGGACCGAACUGUAACUGACCGGUUACUGUCUGUUAACCAGCAGCGACCCGUCGGUUACUGAGCUAGCUGCUAGCUGCUAGCUGUCAUUAACAGGCAUGUUUGCGUCCUGCUGUAACUGGCUGUGCGUGGACUCUGUUGACGUCGAACCCUCGGGUGGAGAUGAGCGACAUCAUCGGUCCUACACUAACUCCGCCUUCAGCAGUCAGCCGUCUCCGCCUCCCCCUGAACACACCUGUAAGGCCUGCGGGGGGUGCUUCGACACGCCGGCCAAGAAGCACGUGUGCGUGGACUGUAAGAAGAACUACUGCAGCCGUUGCUCCGCCCAGCUGGAGCCCCGCCCCCGCCUCUGUCACACCUGUCAGCGUUUCUACGGCAACCUGCUGCAGCGGGCGGAGCUUAUGAAGCUGAAGGUGAAGGAGCUGCGGGACUACCUGCACCUGCACGAGGUCUCCACCCACCUGUGCCGAGAGAAGGAGGAGCUGGUGGAGCUGGUCCUUGGUCAACAGCCUUCACCAUCCAGCGACUCCGCCCCCGAGACCCCGAUCGCCGAGCUCCCCUCUGUGACCCCUGACCCUCCGGAUCUGACCCCUCCCAUCUCCACCUUGACUCCUGACCCCCCUCCCCCGACGCUGACCCCCGAGCCCCCCGCUGCAGAACCCGAAGCCCCGCCCCCGCCGACAGAGACCGCCCCCACAGAGCCCGACGUUCAGGACGAAGACCAGAACUGGGACCCGGAGGAGGCGCCGGUUUCGGGUCGCAGGGCGUCUCUGUCCGACCUGAGCUGCCUGGACGACAUCGAGGCGCUCAGCGUCCGGCAGCUGAAGGAAAUCCUCGCCAGGAACUUCGUCAACUACAAAGGCUGCUGUGAGAAAUGGGAGCUGAUGGAGAGAGUGAGCCGGCUGUACCAGGACCAGCAGAACCUCCUGGCCGCCAACGCUGUGAACGCUUCAGAGUCCGGCGGCGGACGCGGUCCUGCGGGUCCAGAGGAGAACCUCUGUAAGAUCUGUAUGGACUCUCCCAUCGACUGCGUCCUGCUGGAGUGCGGUCACAUGAUCACCUGCACCAAGUGCGGCAAGAGGAUGAGCGAGUGUCCCAUCUGCCGCCAGUACGUCGUCCGAGCCGUCCACGUCUUCCGGUCCUGAGCACGCCGACCCCUGACCUGCACCCAGGGUCGAGUGCCUCCAAAGCAAUAACCUGCAAACAAAUCCUCCUGAAGGGACCUUCUACAGAGACAGAAAAUGUUUUUAUUUUGUUAAUUCUAUUUUUCUCGUGCAAAUAAGAUGUGCGAUCCGUAUGAAGAAUGUAAGAAGUGACCUUAUCAGACUGCAGAGCUGCUGUUUGAAUAAAAACACUGAAUGUACAGACCGACUCUACGGGAGGCGGAUCACAUCUCUGAAUCACGAACUUUAACCUCAUCAACCGAGAAUCUUCUGUGCCUUCGCCAGCUCCUAACUCUGGUCCUGCUCGCUGUGAAGAAGGUCGGUUUAAAAAAAAAAAAAAAAACGGGAUCCAGUAAGGGAUCCUGAAACUGUAAGGGAGCGUAAACGGGUGAGGAGGGUCCACUCUGGCCUUCAUUAAGUCACCACAUCGCCUUUAACUUCCUGAGACACUCAGACUGUGAGACAGCCUCUACUUUGUUUACAGUCUGCAGUGAGUUUACACUGUAAAAAUAACUAGAUGAGGUUAAAAUCGAUUAAAAUUAGCGAACCUCUGAGUGUGCGCUUCUCUCAGCCUCAGUUUAAUGUUUACGCACCGAUAUCUGUGUAACACAACCCAAACUAGUAAUUAACUCUGUUUUCAGACCAGCAGCCAAUCAUAUGCCUUCAGAUCAGAUUAUCAGCAGGAUAAUGACCUCUGACCUCCGCCCAACCACGCACACUGAGCCCCGCCCCCAGCCUCAGGUGAUCGGGGCUACACCUGUCAUUCACACCUUUACCUGCAGACGCUCAGGUUAGCAUCCAGCAGCUGGAACAUGUCGACAGUCGAAUGUCUGGUAGAGCCGAACGCUGCUCAGUUUUCAGAUUAAAAACUCUUGAUAACUGGAUAAAGAACCAGAUCAGUGUCUUUACAAAUUCUAGUAACAACAAAUAUAUAUAUAUAUAAUAUUUUUUGACUCUAUUGUACUUUACAUUUUCACUUCAAACCUCAACUGUUUCAGGAUUAUAUUUCAGCAUUUAAAAUGAGAUGUAUGACUUGAUCCUUCCUAAGCCCCGCCCCUUUGUGUUGUCUGCUCCAAUAACAGUUGAGCAAGCCUCGGUUCCUCCUUCUCUGUACUUAGAUAUGCUAUAUGCUAAGCUAUUCUAUGUUUAAAAGAGAACCACAUUUUGUAUAUACCUCCAUGUUGAUUGUAUGAAAGUCACCUCAAUAGAAAUCCCAUUUCCACAUUCUUGUUCAAUCUCCUACAGCUAUAUCUAUAUACAGACAUAUAUAUAUAUGUGUAUAUGUAUGUAUAUCUGUAUCACAAAUGCUAACUAGCUGGCUAAUCUACAUUAAUCGUUAGUUAGCUCAGUGGUCCUUGAGUGGGUUGUAAGUUGUCUCCAGCAAAAGGAGGAAGAGAAUAUUUUCCAGUAUGGGCGGGGCUUAAGAACGGUCAAUUCAUUGGCGAAAAAGCAAUAAUCAGAAAAAUAUUUAUCUCAAUUUAUUCCUAUUUUUCUUUGAGCUUUAAGAACUCCCUUUCAGUUUAUCUAACAAGCCUUUGGAGACUGUCGAGUGUUUUAAUCCAUCAAAGAUCAGAUGCAGAAAAGUGGAAUUUGUCUACAAACAAACGUAUACAAUUCAAAAUAUGUGUGGAAUAAAAUAUCCAAUUACAAAUGAAUAAUUAAUGAAUAGAACUCAAUUCAAUAAAUUACUAUUUGUUCUGUUAUCAGUGCUAGGACUGCAAGUAUUUUCAAAUAACUGAUAAAAUAGUUUGGUCUAAAAUAUGUCAGAAAAAGUCUGAAGUGACGUCUUCAAAGGUUUGUCUGACCAACAAUCAAAAACCAAAAAUAGUCAGUUUAUUACUGUAGAAGACAAUUAAAAAGUGAAGCUGGAGCGGUUGUUAGAUUAGCAAAGAACAGUUGCAUUGAUGUGAGGCAUGUGUGAAAAAUUACACACUUAUCACCCUCCAUACAGCAGACUAACAGGAUCCACCAGGAGGCAGCAGACACAGGAAACACGCUGUCGCACACAUUUUUACUUGGUGCUAAGCUAGGCUAGCAGUUUCAAACUCUUCCCAGUCUUUGUGCUAAGCUAAGCUAACCAUGGACCCAGGGCUGUAGCUUCCCAUGAGGUCAUUGCCUCAUUAUUUUUUCUUUCAGGGACUUUGACAGAUUUUAUUUUUUGUAUUUUUUUAGCUGAUUCCAGUGUUUUUAAACUCAAAAUAUUCAUAUUUGUGACAAACUUUAACGCAUUAAAGGACUUCUUGCCAGUGUGGAGAAGCGUUGAGACAACAUUUAGCCUUUAAUUUUUGGAAAAUAAAAUAGUGAACGCUCAGUAUAAUCUGCUACUAAUUACAAGGAGAACAGAGAAACAGGUCUGAGACAGUUAUUCAGAGUUUAUGAGGUUGGGUUGAGUUUGUAAACACUUACAGAAAAUGUGAUGGAACCGCUUAAUUCCUGGCCUGGACCUAUCACUGGACAGAGAACAAGAGGGAUUCCUAAAUACUGAACAUGUCCUUUUAAAUCUACAUUAGGUGGGACACAAACAAUAGAAGGGACUAUUAUAUCCUGAGGGACACAACGUUUUUACCAGACAUGAUUUAACAGAUGCUUUACUGUUCUUUAAAAUCUACAUUAGGUUUAAUACAAACAACAGAGGCACCAGGACGCUUCCCUGAGGGACUCCACGUGUUAUUAAAGACAGAGAACAACAUGACGUAUUAAUCUUUACCAGCAGACCGUCUCUGUUUAUUGUUGAGCGAGGACUAGCAGUUAAACUCUGUGGUUUGAAGUCGACUUUGUGUCUUGUUGUAACACUGAUUGCACUAAUCUGUUGAUGCUGAAACAUUUUGAACUUUUUCAGUUGAUUUGUUUUGGUCGAAGAGUAUUGUUCUGGAAAGAUUAUGCAGGAUACAUAUUUUGUCUUUGUUUUUCUUGAGGUUUUGUUCUUGUGAGAUCAUUUAAAGAUUGAUUUUUUUGUUGUGAAUAUUUUAGAUUUUGAGUUUUUUGUGAUAUGAUGGUUGUUAGUACUUUUGGGAAUCACACUUUUCCUCUGUAACUCUUUCCCUUUCGGUUGUACAGUGGGAUCAUGCAAGCUCUCAUUAAGUUUCUCUGCACUUUGAUUUCUCUGCUACAGUAUAACUGAAUAAUGAUAAUAAUCACAGUUCUGUGAGAGUUUUAUAUGACCAAAGCUCCCAAAAUACACAAUCCCGUUCUCUUCUUCAGGUGUCUGUUAGCAUCUGUCGCUGUCUCCACUGAGACCAACACAGCUGGAAGCUAACGUCGGUUUGGUUUUAACUCCUCACAUACUUUUCAAAUACUUUAUGGUCUGUAAAAAAAAAAAUGAAUAUUUUAAAAAUUGAACAGAAAAAGAAGAAGCUUUAGUUUUCUGAGUGAACUUGCUGAAAUAUUUUGUAAUAAAACUGAUUUUCUCUCA